AUGGCGAUCUGUACUUAUAACGCACGUACGCUUGCAUCGGAAGCGGCCAUCGAAGAUCUGAUGAUGCAAGCCAAGAAGAUCAAGUACGACGUCAUCGGACUGACCGAGACGAGACGACGUCACCCUCUCAACGCCGUAUAUGAAACUGGAGAAGAACUGUUCUUAGGAACAUGCGACAGUAGAGGUGUUGGUGGAGUUGGCGUCCUCGUCAACACGAGUUUGGCAAAGAACAUCGACUCUUUUGAACAACUUACGACCCGAAUCGGACGUCUGCGGAUGAGAAGAUGUGGCCCAAUACCAGCUUUGACUAUCUUCGUCGUUUACGCUCCAACAUCAAGCUACGAAGAAGAAGAAGUCGAAGCUUUCUAUAUGGACCUGGAGAAGUUCUACCAAGAAGAUCAUGCCUUCUACAAGGUCAUAGUUGGCGACUUCAACGCUAAGGUUGGCCCAAGAAGAACGCCGGAGGAACUUCACAUCGGGACCCACGGCCUACAAUGGAAUGACCAGGGAGAGAGGCUCGCCGAGUUCAUCAUGACGACUAAGACCAUCCAUGGGAACUCGCAAUUUCAGAAGCCCUCUUCUUUACGCUGGACGUGGGAGUCACCCGGUGGAGGGUACCGUAAUGAAAUAGACCACAUCAUCGUCAAUAAAAGGUUCUGCCUGACGGACGUCGGUGUUGUACCAAAGUUCUAUACGGGAUCGGACCAUCGCCUCCUCCGAGGAAGAUUUUCCUUCACAAGGAGAGCAGAGAAAGCCGCCAAGGAAGAUUCUGCAAUGGACAACAUCGACGAGGAAUAUGACCGGCUUGUCGAACACCUUCACGACUGCGCGAAGAAGGCUGAGAGUUUUAAAACCACCAGGAGGCGCCUGUCUCUUGAAACUCUUGAGCUGAUACGCCAGCGUGGAGCAGCACGAGCCGCAGGGAACCAAGAACUCACGUCCGAGCUCGCAAGGCUUUGCCGAGAGGCGAUAAAGGAAGACCUUAAAGAGAGAAGAGCAGAAGUGCUGGCUGAAGCUGCAGAGGCGGGGAAAAGCAUCCGCUAUGCCCGUCGAGACUUCGCCAGUCGCAAGACGAGGAUGACUGCUCUCCGGAACCCAAAGGGAACAGCCAUUGCAUCGAGAAGGGGGAUGGAGAAAAUCAUCUACGACUUCUACUCUGAUCUCUUCGACAGCCAUGUCCACUUGCCUCCUCACCAUCUGAGGGAAGAUGGACAAGUCAUUCCAGAGGUUCUCCCGUCCGAAAUACGACAUGCUAUCAUGUCGGUUCCUAAACAGUGGAAGACCAGCAAGACCGUGUUGUUGUAUAAAAAGGGAGAUCCACAUGACAUCGGCAACUAUCGCCCAAUCUGCCUACUGUCCGUCAUCUACAAGCUCUUUACAAGAGUAAUCCUUAAUAGGAUUGAAAAAGUCUUGGAUGAAGGACAGCCAUGCGAGCAAGCAGGGUUUCGAAAAGGAUUCAGCACGAUUGACCACAUUCACACUGUUUCGAAACUCAUCGAGGUAUCACGAGAGUACAAGAUGCCGCUCUGUCUCACCUUCAUCGACUUAAAGAAGGCUUUCGACUCGGUUGAGACGGAAGCGGUCGUGGAAGCCUUGAACAACCAAGGCGUCCCUACUCAGUACAUUAAGGUACUUCGAGAGUUGUACAGUAACUUCACGACCGGAAUUUCGCCAUUCUACAAGAACAUCAUCAUUGACGUGAAGAGGGGGGUCCGACAGGGUGAUACAAUUUCACCCAAAAUAUUCACAGCCACCCUCGAGAACGCAAUGCGAAAGUUGGAAUGGGACGACAUGGGAGUGAAGGUUGAUGGUCGGCAGCUACACCAUUUGCGCUUUGCUGAUGACAUCGUACUGGUAACACCUAGCAUCAGCCAAGCGGAACGAAUGCUGACCGAAUUCGACGAAACAUGUGGAUGCAUCGGUCUUCAGCUGAAUCUACAAAAGACGAUGUUCAUGCGGAACGGAUGGGUCUCGGAUGCCCCAUUCACGCUCAACGGAACGAACAUAUCCGAAUGCACCAGCUACGUUUAUCUGGGUCGGGAACUGAACAUGAUGAACGACCUGACCCCCGAGCUGGGCAGGAGGAGACGAGCGGCUUGGGGAGCGUUCAAGAGCAUCGAGGAUGUAGUGAAGAAGACCAGGAACACCCGGCUCCGUGCUCACCUCUUCAACACCACCGUACUUCCUGCUUUGACUUAUGCUUCGGAAGCCUGGGCAUUUCGCAAGCAGGAAGAAAACGCGGUGAGCGUCAUUGAACGCGCAAUUGAGAGAGUGAUGCUAGGAGUAUCCCGUUUCACGCAAGUGAGGGACGGGAUUCGAAGUUCCCUCCUACGUCAGCGAUCGAAGAUUAGAGACGCCGCCGCGUUUGUCAAGGAAAGUAAAAUAAGGUGGGCCGGACACGUGAUGCGCUUUGAUGACAACCGUUGGACCAGAGCCGUGAGCGACUGGGUUCCCCGCGAUAUUAAGCGCACUACAGGAAGACCGCCGACCCGAUGGUCAGAUUUCUUCACGAAAUCCUUGAAAGAAAAAUAUGAUGCUCUUCGUGUCCCACGCGAAAGGAGGAACCACUGGGCUACUCUGGCACGCGAUCGGGACAAAUGGAAGAAUUACUGGCGCCCGCUCGACCAGUUCGAAGAAUAA